CUUUUUAUUUUAUUUCAUUUCGAGCAAAACGCAGACACCCAUUUGAUGCUUUUCGUUUAAUUUUUUUUUUUUUUUCUUGUAUGAUUCUGCUGAUACUCUUAACACUAACAUACAUGAAAAGAGUCUGCUUGAUUUUAUUCUUUUAUUUUUAUUCUCCUUAUGUGAGUUUGUGUGAUUCUUAAGUUAUUAAUGUACAGGGAAAGAGUGUUCCCUGGUGGGAGUUCAAUCAAUGCGCAGGUGGACGAAGUCUCGCCCUCUAUCAGUUGGAUUCCGAUAUCAGAGUCUGCUAAACAAAAGGAGCCUAUUCACCAUGGAGUAAUAGAUGUUAACAUGGAAGGAAGUGAUAAUGAUUUGAUGCUUAUUGAUGGGAAUACUGAAUCUAAUGGCAAAGGAAAGGAAAUUUUUCUCGAGCUAUCCCUUGGUCGUGGACCGAGUCAAGUUCAGUCUUCGAAGAAGCACAGCUCUUCGGAAUCAGAUGAAAUGCAUACGGACGUAUUUUAUGAAGAUGAUGUGCCUACGGACAUGAAUGUUGAUGACCUAGCGCAUAACUACCAUGCCUUUUUGCAAUCACAUUUUGAUCAUAUGGAUAUUCCACCUGGAGUUGAGGUUCCAAUCCCGUGGAUGUUCGGUCCUGCUGAAGCUAAAAUGGCACCAACCACUACAAGCUCAUCGUCUACUUCGAAACCUCCGAGUUUACCUUCAUGGUUGACUCCUGUUAGUCAGCCUACACCGUUUGAGUUACCUUCGUCAUCUCUGGGACCCACUUUUUGCAAGAGCCAACUUUCUGCCAUAGAACAAAGUGGUUCUAAAAACCUAUCACUUGGGGGAGAAAAGAUUUUUAACGCUCAAGGGUCUCAUCUUAAAAGGAAGUUCCAUUCGGAUGGUUGGCAUACUCAAUCUAUUCCUGGUGCAUCUCAUUUCCCUACAGUUCACUUUGUACCUCCUCCACCAAUGCCUAGUUGGAUGAGUUUACCCCUUAAUAUGACAACUCCCCAAGCUUCUUCAGGGUUUAUGAACCCUCUCCCUCUGAAACAGGUUCAUCCGGGGUUUAUGCUGGCACCAGGUGAUAUGAACUCUCUUCCUCUGGAACCCGUUCAUCCAGGGUAUAUUCUCACACCAGAUCCUAUGAACUAUUUUCCUCAGGAACAGCUUUCUUCGGGGUCUGUUCUUGCACCAGGUGCUAUGUACUAUUUCUCUCAGGAAAUGGAUCAUCAUGCAGUCUGGACGCAGGGCCCUAAAAACAUUGAAACUACUACAGAUAGUCCAUCCUUCCAGUGUAAAGAUUUAGGUGAAAGUCUGAAGAAUUUCCGUCUUUUCAAGAAAUUUGAUACUGUUCAAGAUCAUUCGGACCAUUACUUUUCUAAACUUGCAUCUCCUGACCAGGCCUCUAAGAGUUGCGCCAAGAGAAUACAGGCGGAAUGGAAGAUACUGGAGAAAGAUCUGCCUGAUACCAUAUUUGUCCGGGUGUAUGAAACAAGAAUGGAUCUGUUGAGGGCAGUGAUUAUUGGAGCUGACGGAACUCCAUACCAUGAUGGCCUUUUCUUCUUUGAUGUUUUCUUCCCUAGCACCUAUCCCCAUGUUCCACCACAUGUACACUACCAUUCUUUUGGCCUUCGUAUCAAUCCAAACUUGUAUGACUGUGGAAAAGUCUGCCUGAGCCUUCUUAACACUUGGGGUGGUAGAGGGAAGGAGAAAUGGAUCCCUGGUGGAUCGACUAUGCUACAAGUUUUGGUUUCCAUACAAGGGCUAAUAUUGAAUGCAAAGCCCUAUUUCAAUGAGCCUGGAUAUGCAAAGUUGAGUGGAUCACCCAUAGGGGAACAAAGCUCACUGCACUAUAACGAGAACACUUACAUUGAUAAUCUAAAGACAAUGGUCUACUGUAUGAGGCGACCACCACAGCAUUUUGAGGAUUUUGUUGUAGGGCAUUACUUUCAAAGUUGUCAAGAUAUUCUUGCGGCAUGUAAAGCAUAUAUGGAUGGUGCUCGAGUAGGUAGCCUUGUUAGAGGGUGUGUUCUUGAUCAGAAUGGUGAUGAGGGUGGUGACAAAAGUUGCUCUCAGCAUUUCAAGGCCAUGUUGGCGGGAUUCAUCCCGACGCUUAUAGAUACAUUUACAAAGAUUGGUGCAAAGGAUUGUGAUAAGUUUCUUCCCUUGGCAGAAAAGGCGUCAACCGGGGUAGAACAAGUUAAAAUUGAGAGUUGCUGACCAUAUAAUAUAUAGACUUCAAUACCGUUAAUACCUAAUGUUGACUAGUUUUCGGCUUGUAUCAUGCCUCUGGCUGUCCAUGUUUUUGGGUGAUAUUUUGUAUAUGGCUGCAAUGACAUAGUUUACAACUAUUAGAUCAAUGACAAAGUUUGCAAAUAAUCGAUCAAAUAUCUUUUUGUU